AUGUCUAAAACAUAAGAAGAUUUUUCAAAUUUGCUUAAAGGAAUUUCAUAAGUCUAGGUCUUAAAAUAAGAAUUAAAACAUAAAUAUUUGCAUAUUUGUAGUAAAACUUAUAAUGAUAGAGAUUUAAUUGUUGAUUGUAAUAUAUUUGUUACUUAUAUUUUAUAAAGGCAUGUACAAUAAUUUGAAAAUUGAAGAGAGAUAAUUGAAUAAUUUUAUCUUAAGAAUAGAAGCACAUGCUAAAUUUUAUGAAGCUAAUAAGCAAUUUUUGAACAAAGAAGAAGUAGAAACAUAAUUAUUAUCCACAAAAAAUUUAGUGGUUGAAUUUAAAGAGUGGUUUGAUAGAUGUAUACAGAAAUAAAAAUGAA